AUGGAAAAUAUCUCGCAGUCAUCGAUUCUUAACCUUCCGAAUGAGAUCCAUAUAGAGAUCUUUAAAAGAUGUACAAGUUUCAAGGACGCCGUGGUACUGGCGGUGACGUGCCAGCAGCUACAUUGUAUCUGGAAGAACCAUCAGAAGGCUGUGAUCUCCCACAUCGGUGGUAGUUGUAUUGUUGCGUUUGACGAUGCACUUAGGGCGGUUCGAGCGAUUGAUAUGGCUGAAAGGCAGCAUCAAGUGCUUGCUCUUCAAAGUAGUGGGGUCAGUGUGGCGGAUGCUGAAAAGCCGCCUAAGAGGAUCCCAAUUCACCGUUUGGGAUCGUCAUCUAACCCGCCAUCCCCGGAUGAGAUAACCCAAGUAUUCGCCUUGAAAUAUUUCGUCGAAGUCGCGUUAUUUCUCGGUCAUCAAGAAAAAGGUGUUCAUAUAUUCUGCCAGCAAUCGAGUUCAAAACUCCGGCUUCCAGGGAUAUGCCCGCGUGGCGUUGAUGCUUCACACACUGGAGUUUCAGCGAAGGAAGUUGAUUUUAAGAUUUAUGCUAGCAUGUAUCGGUUCUUUUUGGUAUCUGCGGUUCUAUCAAGUGUUUAUUUGGAGCCCUUCUUUACGGAUCAUCCAACAAGUACGACUUUAAGAACGGUCUUCUCAACUAUUCCGGCCUACCCAAGGUUUGGCACGGAGGAAGUUUCGUAUCUUCGUCAGUGGGCUUGCUAUAACAAACAACACACCUCUCAAGCUCAACUCGAUGGGAUAUUUGGCGAACUUGGAGACUACCUUAUUGAAAGAGGUAGAAAGGAUGCCGGGUGGAAUGAGACUGUUAUAUCAGACGCUGGACAACCAAACAACGUCCGAGAUACACAAACCGCAAAUGCUGUCCAGACAUUCAUGAUGAUAAUAGGCUGCCACGAACUUUUCUGGCGUGUCGCCCAACAAGAAUUAUAUUCCGCAGGAAGAGCAUUUGACCGAGAGCCCGUUUGGUUCGAUGGUAUAGAAUACAGACAUUGCCCCGUGACUUUCCUCGGAAUACACGGUGCUUUAGACGCUUGGAUUCCGAAGAAUACAGCGGAUAUACCCCGUCAUCCUUCCAUACAGUUCGUUAGUAGACCGGUAGGGUCCGGAGCUAAUGGAAACCCGUUGGGGCAGAUCAGGUUGUUAAAAUUGUUUCAUUAUUUUUCGUCGCUUGAUGAUAUGCAUGGGUCAUCUGAGAGUGAUUUGCCGUAUGAGUUGGGGUUCUUCGAGUACGUGCUGAAAAGGAACUUUGGGUUGAAAUUGCGGUUUAAAUGGGGGUAUGGUGAGACGGUUUAUAAUAGCUAUUUGUUGCAUGGGACGGCGUUUAGAGGGGCUGAGCAGUUUAGAAGGGAUGUUCCUAAGAUUUUGUUAAGCUGUGCUUUGUAA